AUGAGUUGCCAACCUUUUACUUCGACUGAUACCUUUAUACCUCUGAAUUCUGAGUCUUCUGCAACUCUGCCUCUGAUAAUGCAUCCCAGUGCUGCGGAGUGCCUACCGGUCUCCAACCACGCCACCAACGUGAUGUCCACAGUCCCGUCUAUUUUGUCUUUGAUCCAAACUCCUAAAUGUUUGUGCACAUGUUUUGUGGUGGCAACAUUGGGAAACACAGCAACAGGACUUCAUUAUUCUGUUCCUUCCUGUCAUUAUGGAAACCAGUCAUCGACCUAUGGCGUGAUGGCAGGGAGCUUAACCCCUUGUCUUUAUAAGUUUCCUGACCACACGCUGAGUCAUGGUUUUCCUCCCAUGCAUCAGCCUCUCCUUUCAGAGGAUCCCACUGCCGCUGAUUUCAAGCAGGAGCUCAGGCGGAAAAGCAAAUUGAUUGAAGAGCCGAUAGACAUGGAUUCUCCAGAAAUUCGAGAACUUGAAAAGUUUGCCAAUGAGUUUAAAGUGAGAAGAAUUAAGCUAGGAUACACCCAGACAAAUGUUGGGGAAGCUCUGGCAGCUGUGCAUGGCUCUGAAUUCAGUCAAACAACUAUCUGCCGAUUUGAAAACCUGCAGCUCAGCUUCAAGAAUGCAUGCAAACUAAAAGCAAUAUUAUCCAAAUGGCUGGAGGAAGCCGAGCAAGUAGGAGCUUUAUACAAUGAGAAAGUUGGUGCAAAUGAAAGAAAAAGGAAACGGAGAACAACUAUCAGUAUUGCUGCUAAAGACGCCCUGGAGAGACACUUUGGAGAACAGAAUAAGCCUUCCUCUCAGGAGAUCCUGAGGAUGGCUGAAGAACUAAACCUGGAGAAAGAAGUGGUGAGGGUUUGGUUUUGUAACCGAAGACAGAGAGAAAAACGGGUGAAAACAAGCCUGAAUCAGAGUUUAUUUACUAUUUCUAAGGAGCAUCUUGAAUGCAGAUAG